CUUCGUAGCCCAUGUCUUCUUUGCUUUGCUUCCGCCCGUCCGUCUAUAUAUAAACGAAAAGAUCGAGUCAGAAAAUAAAAAAGUACAAAAGAAAUAAAUAAAUAAUUCCGCCCUUUUUUUGUUCCGUAUAAUAAUAGCCUGUGUUGCUGCUACUGUUCGCCCAAUCAAUCCCCAAUUCGUGCUCUCUUCUUUCUUGUUCCUGCUCAAAAAUCUCCCACACUCUUGUUCGAAUUUCCCAUUUUCCCAGUCUCCUUCUUCCAUUCCUUUCCCCUCUUUUUCUUUUCUUUUCUACUGGUUUCGAUUUCUUUUCUAUGAAUCCAAACAGCACCAAUUCUUCCUCCUAACCCUCUUUCUUCACUUGUUUCCUUCCUCUUUCAACUGGAUCCGCUCGCCUAAUCCUGCUGUACAGCCCACUGACUUCUUCUGGCUGCAGUUCUCUGCACGGGAUCUCGAUCUGGAGACGGCAGAGGAGCCCUAUGGUGGUUCCCAAGCUCGCCUGCCAUGGAGUCCGCUUCUAUUUAUAGUGUUUUUUUCUUUUCCUGUUUCGAAAUCGGUAUAGACUUGGAGAUACCGGCGCUCUUCUGUUCCCCACAGUCUGAACGCGUGAAUUUGUUUCUUGGCUGGGGUUUGAAUUUCGGAAGGGCGGUGGCCUAAAUUGCUUUUUUUGCUUCAGGAAUCCAACGGUUCGAAAACAGUUUUUAAAGAGUUCGAAGAGAUAGUAAAGAAGGAAAGAUGAAUCACUUUGUGAUCCAGCAGAGCGCUUUCUCCAGGAGGGAAGAGAUCAGGAGGAGCGCCGCCGGAGCUCAGAUCUCCGAGCGUCGGGAGGCGGUUGUUUGUCCUAAGCCACGGCGUCUUGGUCUGCUCGCCGACACUGCCAACGACCACCCGCUUCGGUCUCUCAGAUGGCAGCUCAGCCACCAGGCCGAGAUCUGCGAUUCAAAAGCAGGAAAUGAUCUUCUCGACAUCAUCCUUUCUAAGGGUGAUGGCAACGUUGGCAGGGAGCAACCAUACCCACAACACGUAGCGACGUCGCCCCCCUUUUUUUCCGGGUCGCCGCCGAGGAGAGUAGCUAACCCAUUAAUUCAGGAUGCUCGGUUUGGAGGGGAGGAAGAGGAGGAGCUCUCGUUGUCGGGCCCUUUCACACCACCACCGCGUGUUCCACCUCCGUCCGGCGGCAUAUCCUCGCCGUCCCCAAGGAAAGGCGGCGGGUGCGUCGUCCGGUCAAAUUUUGGGAACAAACCGGCGGUGAGGGUGGAAGGGUUCGACUGCCUCGACAGGGACAGCAGGAACUGCAGCAUCCCUGCUCUGGCAUAGACACAGAGAGAUCCUUCAUAACCCACUUCGCUCUCCACCACAAACUCGAAGCAAGCUUUCGGUACAUAUAGUCUAAAACAAAGUUUAAUCAAUAGAACAGGAAACAAGUCAAGUACUCAACUUUCAGUAGCAUCAACGAGGAGCAAGCAGGCUUUUGGUUUAUUCAGAGUUUCUCUCGAGAGGGUAAGAUCAAACGAUCCUUUUUUUCUUUUAUUGUUGUAUAUAUUAUCCAUAAGAGAAGGAAGGAAGGGUCUGGUUUUUUGUAUGUAAAUUGCCCAUGAGAGUGUUGUCAUUGUAAGUAAGCAAGCAGAGGAGUCAUUUCAUUUUUAGCUAGAAUAAGAGAUGGACACGGAGGAGCUUUUUUCGCAUAAUCCUUUUUGAGUAGUUGCUGGUCUUCGAUGGUGUGGUUUAGAGAAGCACCAUCAUCAUGAUGAUCAUCUUUUCUUUUUCUUUUGGGUUGUUGAUGAGUGAGUCCUUGAAGGCCAGGAAGUUCAAUUUGUACAAAUAGGACAUGGGAGCCGAAGGUUUGUAGUUGGAGAGUUAUGCUACACAAUCAAUGUAAACCCUUUUGUUCUGGGUGGUGAAUGUAAAUAGAACAAGCUUCUGUUUUUGUGGUGGUUAUCAGUUUCUCCACUUGCUCUCUCUCUAGCGUAGUUUGUGGCAGAUGCUUUGUUGGCGUGAUAAUGGCGGUGGAUGGUGAU